CCAAGAGCCAAGUGCCAAGUGCCAGUCAGUUCUGCAGUCAUGGGCAGCCGCUCGACAUGGACGAGCUCUGCAUUUGGCGCUGGAGCUGGAUCAAGACAGCUGCAAUGGCGCACCUCUGCUGGUGCCGCAAGACCCGGCCCGACGACCACUGCACCAUCGAGUCUGCUGGCAGGAGGACGGUGGCGACGAGGAGGAGGAGGAGGAGGAGGGCGGCAGCGCUGGGCGGUCAUUGCGGCGGCACUCUUUAUGCUGCUGCUGGGCGGGGCGUUCCUGCUCGCUCGCUGGCCAGCCACCGACACCAGUCGAGCAGAUGAGACUGCGGGUGCACCGAUGCGCAACCACGACGACGGUGGAGCAGCGGGACUGAAGAACGAGGAGGCCGACUCGGAAUUGCACAUUCUCACCGAUCAAGACGCACGCUGGCACGAUGGCGGAGAGGACAGGCCUCAAGACAGCCAGCUCGAUACCAAUGCUGAUGGCACGGGCAGCCGGAAUGGCGGCGCACCGAAAGCCACGGUAAAGCUCGACGCUGUCGACUUGUUUGGCCGCCAAGGAGAUCGAGCGCUGCAGCUCAUGGCAAAGGCCAUGGAAGACGCAUUCCGGGAUGCUCAGUUCGUGAGCGACAACCGAGAAAAGCACAUUCGCAGCGAGGUGGUUGGCCAGCACUAUGCACACCUCUUUCAAAUCGAGGUCGAGCACGCACAGUUCCAAAUGUACGUGUUUUCGUCCUUCCGCGACCAGCUCGGAAAGCACAUUGUCAUGAAUGGGCACUGGCAGGCGCGGUUUUGCACCGUUCUGAAGGCCGCAGCCGCAGUGGCGCUGAGACAGUCCGGAGGUCGCGCCAUCAUGGUCGAUGUCGGCGCGGGUAUCGGGUUUUUCUCGCUGCAUGCCGCUUCCUUCGGCUUGCCAGUCUAUGCGUACGAGCCUUUCGAAGACAACCUGACCUUGCUGAACGCUUCCAUCCGAGCCAACGAUGGAUUUGGCUCGCUCAUCCAGGUUCGACCCGUCGCGGUCGACUAUGAACCCCGGCCCGCGGUGUGCUUCAAGCACCAUCCUCACCACAAGCAAAAUGUCAGACCUGUGCUGGAGUAUGACGAGAAUGAAUGCGUCACUGUACCGGCAGUCCCUCUGGGAGACGAACUGACGCACAACCAUCACCUGGCAAUUCUCAAAAUCUCCGUCAAUGGAUACGAGCAUCGCGUAUGGAAGAGUCUGCAACUAUUGCAGACACUGGCGACUCGGCCGCCAUGCGUCCUGUUUGUUGCCAUUCAACCGGACGACAUUGAUGCCGCCACUCCGAGUGGCCAAAACGUCGAUGACUGGGGUGCUCGCGCCUUUCUGCUGAGUCUGCUGGAUGCUGGCUACAAGCUCACUUACGAGCAGCCGGACAUCUAUGACGAGAGCUACGAUCAACGACUGAUUGAGGUGCUUGAGUUUCAAAAACAGGAGGCAAAGGACAAUCCCAACGGCCCAGGUGUCGAUAUUGACUUUGAGGCGGUUCAAGAGCACAACAAGAUGAAAGGGAUGGCAGAUCCCGGUGGCGGCGCGGUCACGUCGCUUCAAAUUGCAUCCCUGGAUAGCACUCUGCAGCGUCUGCGGUGA